AUGGAUCGUUUAUUGGAGCGUUGUCGACAAUAUUUCUCCACUGAAGAUCUGUAUAAGGUGUUAAAAACACAUCCGAAAAGUACAGCCAAAGAAGGUAUUAGUAUCGUGUGAUUUCAUUAUUACAGUUGUAUUAGACAUUGCAAAUUAUUUAACUAUUACUCAUGUUUCGUUUAGUUCGCAAAGCGUAUAUUGAGUUGUCAUUGAAAUAUCAUCCAGACAAAGUCUCAGAAAAUGAAAAAAAGUUUGCCACGGAAAAAUUUAAAGUAAUCAAUCAAGUGUACUCCAUUAUUAAUGACGAGGAGAAAAGGAAAAGUUAUGAUGCCGCUGGUAAGCUUUGUAUUAAACAAAUUUUUAUACUAAUAGGUAAUUCCAAACAUGUAUAAUUUUUUAACUAUAAAGUUAUACGAUAGAAACUGUAAAUAGAAAAUGUAAUUUGUUAGUUAACUAAUGGCUGUUAAUGAAAAAUGUAAUAAUUAUAUAAUCAUAUAGUAUGAAAAUACUUAUACAUUAUAAAUGCUAACUCGAUUAUCAAACUGAAUGCAAAUCACAAAAAAAUAUAUAUAUUUUGAAAUACUGUAGUUUUAGUCAGUUAUAAUCAAUAGUGACAUACCUAUAACCACAGUUUAAUGUCCACAUUUUUGGUAAACAUAGUAACUUGUCAAUAAUUUGAAAUGUUCCAAUUUACUCAUUAAAUUUAAAUUUUAACGUUUUUAUGGGAUAAAGAGUAGUAUUUUAUGAUGUGGAUACUUUUGUGUUAUUUAGGUAUUUUACAAAUACUCAUAUAAUAUGCAAUAUAAUGUAAUUUUUUAUUUUUUAUUACACUUCAAAUACAAAUUAUAUUAAAUAUGCUUAAAAUAAAAUGUUUUUAUCAGAUAUCUAUUAAUAUUAUAGAAUUUCAGGUUUUUUAUUUUAUAAUGAAUUCUUUAGUUUCUAAAUCAAUUUUAUUUAUUAUUGGAUUUUCUAUAUUGAUAAAAAGUAGAAAUGAGAUAAAAUAUACAAAUUUUAUUUGAUGCAAAUUCAAAAAAUCAUCCUUGACAUCCUUGAGGAUAUUUUAAAAUACUUUAAAAAUUAUGUUACUUAAUAAAAUUAACCAAAAUACAAGAUCCAAUGAUUGUGAUACAUUUUAUUCAAUUGUCGCUUAUCCUCCAGUCUCCAUAAUUUUUGUUAUUCCAAACGAAAUAUGUUAUAAUAUAUAUUUUUUUUAUUUAAUUGUGAAUUUAAUGCACUUGCAUUUUUUUUUAUUUUAUUGUAAAAGAAAAUGGAAUGAUUAUAAUGUGUUAUGUGUGAUCUGUAAUUAAAAUAUGGAAUCAUAUUUUGCAUUUUUUUUUCUUUUUUGGCAUUUAAUAGAUUAGACCAUAUUGUGUAUAAAUGCACGUAUCACAAUUUCUGCAUAUUAAUGAAAUUGUCUUAAUAUUUUUAUUUAUAUGGUCACUCCUGUCUAAAUUGAUAUUAAAUGUUUCUGUUUAAAAUAUAAUGUUUAAAGUUUACAAUUUUUGAUUAGCUUUUGAUAAGUGCCCUGCUUUGGUUGUCGCCCAUAUUACGAACAGAGAGUUUUUAAUAAUAUAAUACAAAAUAAAAUAAUUAUAAUAUAACAUACUAUAUGAAUGACUGACAUUUAGACAUUGUGUUUACCAUUAUCAUUCAGUUAAUGUAUACAAUUAUACAUUUAACUUAUAAUAAUUUACAACAGCAGUUUCAAAAUUGUUUGUGAUUUAUUUUGUAAAUAUUAUUCCAACAGUUGCCAGCGGCCAGCUAAGAAAACAAUCUUCCAGCUGGCAGUCAAGAGCACGACCUACCUUCCAAUCAGCAAAUACAUCCAGAGUACCAUUCAAUAACCUUCAUUUAGCCUUCUCUCAGUUUUUAGAAAACCAGAAAGCAGAAACAAGCAAUAUGGAUGAGACACUGGACAAUGGUAAUGUCUUGCACAGGUUUAAGGAUAAUCGGGCCAAAAUAUAUUUUUAUCCAAGAUGUAAUAUUCCAAAAUAUUCUGAAGAUUAAUAAAACAUUAAGCAUAACUCUUAAAAAAAAAAAAAAAAAAAAACUUAUCAAAAGUAUUAGUAGAAUAAAUAAAAUAAAUAAAUAAUAAGUAGAAUUAAAACUAGUAAUUAAAUUAUUGAUUUCCAUUUCAAACAUGAUUUAAAUCACCUAUUCUAAAUUUUGAAAUUGAUACUAUUAUAUAUUAAUCACGUGUAGUCUUGUGAUUAGAUAAUUGAACUAAACUAAAACACAUUAGUUACCAAAUAUUAUUUAUAAUUAUUGUUAAAUAAAUAGAUAUAAAAUGUAUGCACCACAAAUUGUAGAUAAUGUGAAUUAAUUGCAUUUACACAUUGAUCAGUAUUGAUUACAAUUGAUGUUAGAUAAUAAACUCGUUUAGGAAAUCAUGAGAGUUAAUAAAAUAUAUAAUGGAAUAGGUUGUAGGUAACUUUGGAGAUGCAGCUGCCCACGCUACAUCUUCUAUAGACACAUUUAUGCCCGAAAUAUCUAUCAUUUAUUUAUUUUUUUUUAGGUUAAUAAGGGACCAGACUAAUAUUUAACUGAUCUAAGUCCACCAAACAAUUCACCUUAUGUCAUAAUAACCAGUAUAAACGUUUUUUUAUGCGCUUAUGAAACUGACAUCUAGAUUCUAGAAGACCCUACCUAUUAAAACCAUUUAUCGUCGUACAUGCUCAGAAAUUACAAGACGCAUGGAUAAAAUAUAAUUUUUGAUUAGCUUUUGAUAAGUAUCCUGCUUUGAUUGUUGUCCAUAUUACAAACAGAGUUUUUAAUAAUAUAAUACAAAAUAAAAUAAUUAUAAUAUAAUAUACUAUAUGAAUGACUGACAUUUAGACAUUUUGUGUCCUAUGAUCAUUCAGUUUGCAUAUAAAAUUAUAUAUUUAACUUGUAAUAAUUUACAACAGUAGUUUUAAAAAUGUUAGUCAUUAAUUUUGUAAAUAUUCUUCCAACAGCUGAUGAUACAGAUGAUAUAACCAUAGAGGCAUUAAUUGAGAGACGAUUAAGGAAGAAAGAAAAAUUUGCAAGCUUUCUCGCGAGUCUGUCUAAAAAUUUAGAGAAUCCGGAUGCUGACCCUGAAAUGUAUUGA